AUGCCUGAUGUGGACAAAGGAGAAUUAUCAAAGGGGAAGAACGAAAUGCAAAUGGUUGCUAGUCCUGAGGGAUUGAAGGAAAGGGAGCACACUAAACAAACGAGGUGGAUUACUCCAACACAUCAUAAUAGAUCUAAGCAGAGAAAGGAGAAUGUGAUUACUGGAGAUGCGCAGAGUUUAACAUGUGGUGUUAAGGAUAUAGUUGCUCAAACAGACUUAACAAAUGUAUAUGCCUUUAAUACUAGAGAGGAGAUAAGAAUGUUAUGGAACCACUUGGAGAGUAUUAGUAUAGGGAGUAAUACCCCAUGGCUGAUACUUGGAGAUUUCAACUUAGUUUUGCAACCAGAUGACAGAAUUGGUGGCAACCCUAUAAGCUUAGGGGAGGUGGCAGAUUUUCAGGAGUGGAUAGACAUUAUGCCAGUGUAUAAGGUUAAUUUUCUUAUGGAGGGUAUUAGUGACCAUUGUCCAUUGAAAUUGGCUAAGGAGGGAAGACUCAACAUGCCAAAACGAGCUUUCAAAUUUUGUAAUGUUUGGGCCAAACAUCCAAAGUUUAUGGAUAUUGUGCAACGAGGAUGGAAAAUUCAAGGUGAAGGGUGCAAGAUGUUCCAAGUAGUAAAAAGCCUUAAGGGUUUAAAAAAGAGUUUCCAGGAGCUUAAUAGAGAGCAUUUUCGGAAUAUACCCAUUGAGGCAGAGGAGGACAGGAUGGCAUUGGCAGAAGUACAAAAAUGGUUGCACCAAAAUCCAUCCGAUAUAGCACUUCAGGAACAAGAGAAACAGAAGUGUCAGCGAUUCAGGAAAUCCUCAUAUUUGGCUGAAGUUUUUCUGCAACAGAGAAGCAAAGUAAAUUGGAUAAAGUUGGGGGAUGAUAAUACAAGGUAUUUUUAUUCCAUCAUAAAGCAUAAAAGGCUACAACAAGCUACUAACCAAAUCAGAGAUAAGGAAGGAAAAAUGCAAACAGAGAACACAAGUAUUGCGAAGAUGUUUGUUGAAUACUAUGAGGAGUUGUUGGGGAAAAAGGAGAGGUAUAGAAUCAAAGCUUUUGGUAGUUUUUUAAAGAAUGGACACAUGCUCACAAUUCCACAACAAUUGGAGUUGAUCAGGCCAUAUGCAGAAAAGGAGGUCAAGCAAGCUAUGUUUAGUAUUGAUGUGAACAAGAGCCUUGGUCCGGAUGGGUAUGGGAGUGGUUUCUUCAGAGAUGAUUGGAGUGUGGUGGGGGAAGGUGUGAUUCAGGCAGUUUUAGAGUUCCUAGAGAGUAUUGAUCUUAGGAAGGCUUAUGACAUAGUGAGUUGGGAUUUUAUAAAUGAAGUAUUGAGAGGUUUUGGAUUACUUCGACAUUACAAUAGGAAGACCUCUGCUAUAUGUCUUAUGAAGAUUGAUCUUAGGAAGGCUUAUGACAUAGUGAGUUGGGAUUUUAUAAAUGAAGUAUUGAGAGGUUUUGGAUUACUUCGACAUUACAAUAGGAAGACCUCUGCUAUAUGUCUUAUGAAGAUUGAUCUUAGGAAGGCUUAUGACAUAGUGAGUUGGGAUUUUAUAAAUGAAGUAUUGAGAGGUUUUGGAUUACUUCGACAUUACAAUAGGAAGACCUCUGCUAUAUGUCUUAUGAAGAUUGAUCUUAGGAAGGCUUAUGACAUAGUGAGUUGGGAUUUUAUAAAUGAAGUAUUGAGAGGUUUUGGAUUACUUCGACAUUACAAUAGGAAGACCUCUGCUAUAUGUCUUAUGAAGAUUGAUCUUAGGAAGGCUUAUGACAUAGUGAGUUGGGAUUUUAUAAAUGAAGUAUUGAGAGGUUUUGGAUUUCCUGAAACCUUCACUAGAAUGGUAAUGGUAUGUGUUACAACUACAAAAUUCUCUGUGAAGGUGAAUGGUGAAGGAUAUGGAUACUUUGAAGGACAGAGGGGCCUCAGGCAGGGGGACCCCAUAUCUCCUCUUUUGUUUGUUAUCGUUCUGGAGUAUCUGUCAAGAGUGCUAAAUAAAAUGAGCACGCUGCCCGACUUCCAAUUUCAUUCAAUGUGUAAAAGGAAUAAACUAACUCAUUUAAUCUUUGUAGAUGAUCUUAUGAUUUUCUGUAAAGGAAAUUUGAGUUCAGUCUCGAGAGUUAUGGAGGCACUUUAUCAUUUUAGUGAGGUAAUAGGAUUGGUGGCAAAUUUGGACAAAUCUAACAUUUAG